AUGGCUCAGCUUCAGGAACUCUUCACCGCGUCGGCUCGCCCGCUGCCGAACAUUCAAGACCCCAGUUUCGGUGCCCAGUUUGAUGACUUUGGCGACUAUGACCUCGUCUUGCUAGGGGACGGCAGCCAUGGCACGUCGGAGUUUUAUUCCGCGCGAGCGCAAAUCACCAAACGCCUGAUUGAGCAUCACGGCUUCACCAUGGUCGCCGUGGAGGCCGACUGGCCGGAUGCGGAACACAUCGACCGCUAUGUGCGCCAGCGUCCAGGUCCCAAAGGCAAGAUCGGCGGCAGGCGAGAGUUGGAGCCUUUUGGUCGCUUCCCGACGUGGAUGUGGCGCAACCGCGAAAUGCAGGAGCUGGUCGAGUGGAUGCGCAACCGCAACGCAAAGCUCCCACAUGACCAGAAGGCCGGGUUCUACGGCCUCGACCUCUACAGCAUGGGGGAGUCGAUCCGCGCCGUGAUCGACUACCUCGACCGCGUCGAUCCUGCCGCAGGCAAGGACGCCCGGCGGCGAUACGGCUGUUUGCAGCCGUGGGUGGACGAUCCGGCCGCGUACGGGCUGGCGGCGCUGCACGGCAUGCAAGACUGCGAGGCGAGCGACCAGCACGAUGGCGAGGAGUUCCACAGCACCGAGCAGAACGCCUACCUCGUCCGCGACGCCGAGCGCUACUACAAGGCUAUGUACUACAGCUCUGCGUCAUCGUGGACGCUACGCGAUACACAUAUGGUCGACACGCUGCGACGGCUCGUGCGCUCCAAGCCGGGCAGUAAAGCGGUCGUCUGGGCGCACAACUCGCACUGUGGCGAUGCGCGAUACACGUCCAUGGGCAGCCGCCGUAGGGAGGUGAACAUCGGGCAGUUGUGUCGCGAGCAGUUCGGUCGUGAGAAUGUGGCCUUAAUAGGCUGCGGGACGGACACGGGGACCGUGGCUGCGGCGCACGAGUGGGACGAUGAUAUGGAGGUUAUGAACGUGCGGCCAUCGCGCGCGGACAGCUGGGAGCGAGUGGCACACAACACGGGUAUACCGCGGUUCGUGCUAGAUUUGCGCCGUGACAAUGUCAACCCCCAGCUAGCGAAGGCGAUGACGGCAGAGAAGGACCGGUUGGAACGGUUUAUCGGCGUGAUCUAUCGUCCGGAGACAGAGCGGUUAUCUCACUAUUCGCAGGCGGAUCUGUUGAAUCAGUUUGAUGCGUAUGUGUGGUUUGAUCGUACGGAGGCUGUGAAGCCAUUGGAGCGGAUCCAGCCACAUACGGCGCUGGGACUGGAAGAGACAUAUCCAUUUGGACUGUAA